AUGACGGAACCCCGCGUCGUUGACCCCGCUGUCAUGGAGGCCACCAUGGCGGAGCUGGUGGGCCUCGUCACGGGACUGCAAGGCGAGGUGCUGCGCCUGUCACAGGCUCAGGCGCAAGCACAGGCAGCAGCUCUCGAGGCCUACCCAGCACCCCCGGUUAACCCUGAGCCGGUUAUGGCCAGGGAGAUCCCCAACGUCCAAGACGAGGAGCUGCUCGACCGCUUCGUCCGGGGGCUCAAGCCGCGCACACGCAUGGAAGUAACCAUGCGCGACCCGAGCACCUUCGACGAAGCGGUCAAGUUAGCUGACCGCAUGGACUCCCUCUUCACCCCCGGGUUCGGUUUGGACCGCCAGCCCAAAGGGCGGUUCAAUUCGACUAACCCCAUUCCUAUUCUCCCCCGCCCUGCUAACCCUGUCGCUGACCCUGUUCCUAUGGAGAUUGAUGCACUGAGGCGCAGACUGCCCCCGCUAACCGAUGCUGAGAGAGAUCGGUUACGGAAGAUUGGUGGUUGCUUCCGUUGCAGGCAAACCGGGCACAUCGAGACUAACUGUCCCCUUAACACCCAGACCCCCGUGCAGCGCCCUGGUGUCAACCACAUUGACCACCAGGUGCCUUCCACCGAGCACCCUGACCUCAUCGACCUCGACUCCGAGCCCCGCAGCUCGGAAAACUUCACGCCCCAGUAG